AAGCCUUCCACCUUGACUCGCCUUUCGGCUCCUCUAUCUCGCUUCUCUGUCGCUCAGCGUACCUUUUCAUCUACUCCAAUUUCCCGCUUCUCAAAUUCAUCCUUCAAAAUGGGCGUUACUCUGAUCAAGUCUGAGAAAGAGUGGGAGGAGCUCGUCGAGAAGAGCAAUGAGCCCGUCGUCGUCGAUUUCUUCGCCACCUGGUGCGGUCCCUGCAAGGCCGUCGCUCCCAUGGUCGAGAAGAUGAGCGACAGCCACACCUCGGUCAAGUUCUACAAGGUCGACGUUGACGAGCUCAGCGAGGUCGCCGGGAACAACGGCAUCUCCGCCAUGCCCACCUUCCUGUUCUACAAGGAUGGCCAGAGGAUCGAUGACCUGACCGUUCGCGGCGCUCAACCCAAAGCUAUCGAGCAGGCUGUCCUUAGUAUUUCCGCUUAA